GGGACAACAGCUAUCACUCGCGUACGAUUAAUGCUGAUUUUGACGUAGCAUAUGUUUCUGUCAAUACUAGAAUGACUCUACUUUUGAUAAUUUUUAUUAUUUCAACACUAAGUCUUGAGAUAACCUCUCACUGUCAUCCUAACUGUGCCUGGUUAACACCAGGCGAUUGGAGCGAAUGCAGCCGGACUUGUGGCGGUGGGUCUCAAAGUAGGACCUUGCAUCUUUGCUGCAAUCAUGACGAGUCUUUUGACAACUGUCUACAGCGGUGCCACAGCGGCUCUUAUGCAAGCGGCCCAGACGACACCAGAGCAUGCAACAAAAUAUGCUACAAUGGUGGUACUUAUGGUGACCGGUGCAGGUGUAGAGAGGGAUGGACAGGUACAUGCUGUCAGGAAGCUACCUGCUCCUAUAUCAGCAAUAGAUGGUGCUGGCCAGGUCACUGUAACGACGGUCUAACGACGUCUUGCGCUUGCGAGAGUGGAUUCAAGAAGUCAGGAAAGUCCAAGUGUGACAUUAACGCAACGGCAGACCUGCUCACCUGCAAUGUUGGAAUAGAAGACAUUCACAAGAACGUUGGGAACAGCACCAGCAGUGACAGCAGCACUGCCUGUGACUCCAUGUCAGGCGUCUUCAUCAACAUACAGCCUACGACAGUGUCCUUCAGCCUCACAUCUGAAUUCCAGAGGAAAAUAUCUUCCCCUCAGCCUGCGUAUAUCACCAGGACCCUAAUCGGCAUUGUGGGUGGCAGGGUGACAGUUACAAAGAGGAGUCUGUCAGGUUUGGAACAUACUCUAUCAUCAAACACAUUGAGAGGGGGUGGUGACUGUACCAAGGACCUCUCAUCAACUGAACCUUCAACACAUAUGUCAUGCGUAAGAGUGUUGAGUGGAACAUCUUCCCUACAGAAUGGAGAACGGUUAUGUGCAGUGAUGAAUGUUUACUCUGGAGGAGCAUUUUAUUACCGUGCCUCUACCUGGCAUCAUCUGGACACAGAGAAGUUCACGCCAAUUCUCAAAACAAAAACUAUUUGCUUCAAGUAUGACAGUAUUUCUCCUGUUCACUGUAAAGGAGAUUCAAGGUUCCCAUGUCACUCUGCUAGUCCCCUCCUUUUAUCCGCCAGAACCACUAGAUCUCCUAACAUCACUUUAGGAAUUUCAGGAUGGGUAGACCCCUACGCAGAACAUGGGGCACCAGAACAAGCCUCAGGCGUGAAGUACUACAAGGUGGACGUUUAUGGUAUGAAACACCUGGAUCUGAACACACAGGUUGUGGACUUUGAUAGACAAGUAUUCACAUCAGGCAAGCUGACAGGAAACAAUGUCAAUAUUACAGUCCCACUGCCUGCAGAAACUGCCAUGUAUGUUGCAUAUUUGGAAGUCCAUGAUGUUGCUGGAAAUGUCCGAUAUGCGCGACGUUUUGUGUUGUAUGAUAACACAUCUAAACUUGAGGUUAAUACAACUGGAGUAUUGAGGGUCACAUCUGCGUCAAUGGACACCAAAUAUACUUGGCAAAUUCACCAUGGGAACAUUCAGUUAGAUUGGAACGAACGUUAUCAUAAUGAUCAUUACAUAACGAAUGAUUAUUUUUGUCAUGUGAAACCAGACACAAGCAAAGCAAUAUCAGGUGUAUAUGAUCAAGUUACAGGCAUGUUACCUGUCAUGGGUACUGUGAAUAUCCACGGUAUCACACGUUUCAAAUAUCAAUGGCGUCUCAACAAUGGUUCAGAAACGUUGUGGAAAUCCGUUCCUGAUUUUACCAACCAGUCUUUGAGUCUCAAUCUGAACCUGACAGAUGGUGAAACAUAUGAAGUCUGGAUUCAGGCCCAGGAUAUCAUGCUGAACACCAUAGUGGAGUCUGUAGUGGUGCACAUAGACAGGAGUGUGGCUGAUAUUGCUGAUACCUGGCUGCUGAGAGAGGGAACGAGUCAGAUAUACGUCCACAACAACACAGAUCUUUCGACGAUGGUUCUUCAGUUUCGAGCAUGGGAUGUCCACAGUGGGCUCAGAUCUGUGCUAUGGGCGCUUGGGACAACUAAUGCGGCAUCAGAUUUAGGAAACGGGGCGCUUCCUGUCCUGAAACUACAUGAUCAGGUGGACUGUCCACGAGGGCCAGAUUGUUACUGUCCAUCUGUUGGGCCUUGUGAAUUCCAGAAUUAUACACUGAACUUAGGCAGCACCACUCUUAAAGCCAACAAUACCAAUACAGGACAACACAACAGAGAGUAUUACUUCACCCUCUCCAUAACUAAUGAGGCCUGGCUAAAGAGUUUUGCUCACCUGGAUGUGCUGGUUGAUGAGUCUCCUCCUCGGGUUGGCGUUGUUCAAGAGGGAAGCAUUGACGGUCCAGACAUAGAUUACACCAGUGAGGGACAUGUACAGAUCAGUUGGCAAGGUUUCAUAGAUCAUGAGAGUGGUAUCCGAUAUUACAUCGUAGGGUUAGCAGACAGAUGUCUUACAAUUCAUGAAUUGAAGAAGCAAACAAAUGCCAGUCAUAACAUCAUUCAAAAAGCAACAACUGAAAGCUUAUCCCUAGUUUUCCCAACAGAAGGUAGAUAUUUUACUUCACUUGUUGCCGUUAACAAUGCUCUAGAUUAUUCUGUUGUUAUUUGCUCAGAUGGCAUCACAUUUGAUCUCUCUCCCCCGAUCAUUGUAAACAUCAGUCUCCACCAGGCAGCCUCUCUUUCAAGUCUCCAUUGUAUUGGUAAUCACAUAUGGCUAAUCAACUCUAACAUGACAAUGGCUAGGCUUCCAAUGGUGACACGGUGCCUUGAACGAUGCCAUGAUUACAACACAGAUAGGAAUUUGCGUUUUCCUACAGUACAUGCAGGUUACAUAAACAAUGAGACAGCCGAUAGUCUGUGUAGGGAUCUACCAUAUCUGAAUGAGACUGUAAUGUAUGUGCCGUUUCACAAGCUUGUUCUUAACUGGAGCAUAAUUGAAAGUGAAAGCCAGAUUCGCGAAUCCUUCAUAGGGUUUGGGUAUGAUGUGUCCACAUACAGCAAACCAGAUCUGGCCGACUAUAAACCUACCCAUAGGAAAAGAAGUUUCCACAGUCAUGAAACUGGUUUUGACAGUGGGACAGAGUUUUACAUAUUUAUCAAGACUGAAAACAAGGCUGGUGUCUCGUCUGUGGCGACACUCGGUCCUGUGAUGAUAGAUGACACCCCUCCAGAUGUACACGGGACACUUGUACCAGAGAUAGUUGGGGAUCAUGUCAGAGUCACCUGGACUAAUCACACAUUCUAUGAUCCUGAAGAACUACAUCAGCAAUUCACAGUUACAUAUCGAGCAGUUAUGGAGCAGGACUAUGUGACACCAAUACUGCAGAGUCCUUCUGGGGCAAGUAAGAUGUGUAAAGCUGAGGGACAUGCUGGCUGUAUUCAGUAUCCACUGGUUCCCCUGCAGCACCAGGAUUCAGAACUCGGAAAGACGUGUCUCUUUGAGUUGUAUGUUUACAACUCAGCAGGCCACUUUACUACUGUAAGAACUGACUCAAUCCGUCUUCCAUCGCGGUUCCCUCCUGGUCCAGCUGUGGUCGUUGAUGUAGAUCCUUCGGAUGUAGACUCCUUGAUAGAUGUGGACUUCUUCUUUAAGCAGUAUUCUGCUUGUGCUCACUGGUUUGGAUUCAAGCAUCACAGAAACGUUACCUUUGAGAUCGGCAUUGGGUCAUCAGCAGGUAUGGAUGACGUGGUAGGGUUCACAGUUGUCACUAGGCAGGAUACCCUCACUGCCUGCAUUAACUCGUCCUCUCUCAAAUUGUUUGCAAGGUACUUCACAUCAAUACGAGCUAAAUGUUCAGGUGGAGAGACUGUUUCAUCAUCAGAUGGAUUUAUGAUUGUGGCAGAUGCCCCAAAUUCCAUCUCUGUUUUUGAUGGUCCGACAUGUGAACUGAAUGAAGAGAUGUUGGUUAACGAUCUUGAUUUACAUAACCUUUCUCACCAUAUGAUCGUUAACGUUACAUUCGACAAGCCACUGCAUCUUGGACAUCACUAUAGUGCUGUAGUUAAAAAUAUCACUACCUUAAAAGGAUUCACAUUUCUGUCCGACGAUGUAUUCACCACUGAAAGCAACGUGAUAGAUAAUUCAACUUAUCAUGUGCAGUUUUUUCCUCUUACAACAAUUCCAUAUUUCCAACUGAGUUUAUCAAAUGGAAGCAGUUUAAACAUUUAUAUGUACAGAUGUGUUCAGGAUGUUGACUACCAGGUCUCAACGGCAUCCUACACACUGCAUUGGCAGGCUAAUGGUGAAUACCUGAAUUUUGCCACCCAUUACCAUCUCCGCCUACUGCAAAGGACAUGUAACAAUGAAUCUUCAGAAACAUGUGUGAAUAUCAUCAGAGAAACAACGGUUAGAGCAGGAAGGGGCAUGGCACAUUUAACUGAACUAAAUCUGAAAACUGGACAGCAUUAUUUAGCUUCUAUAUCGCCUUGCUAUGGACACAUCUGUCUCUCAAGUGAAUUGUCUGAUGGCGUGAUGAUAUCUGUACUUCCUGUGAUUGGGAAUAUCGUCUCUGUAAUACAGGAUGAAUCUGGAGAUUGUACAAAUAUAUCUGUUGAGGUAGCAAGUUUUGAGUGUGGAGAGUCUCGAAAGAUAUCACGGAGCUGCGCCAUGCAGUGGGCAAUCAUCAAGUCAGAAUCUGAUUCCAGUCCAGUUACAACGUGGAUGCAAGUCGACCCUGCCUCUUUCAAUGUCAAGGUAGAUAAGACAUCAAGAUGCCUGAGGCUACCAAUCCACUCAUAUCAAAAGCUGUUUACUUGUGUACGAGUGUUCUGCCCAUCGGGGCAGUUUGGUUCUAAAUGUGUGGAGCUGACAUUGAACCCAUACGCUCAGUCUUACAGUGAGCAUGCACUGUUUGAACUACCAGCCGAUGAUCAACGUCUGGCUAAUGUCGAGGAUAUUCUCCACAGUGAACGUCUUGGCACAAGGUUAAAACUGCUGCAUGAGCUAGAUGUUGACUUCAUCAACCGCAACAGCAGAGUGAGUUCUAUCAUCACCAAUACAGCUGGGCGUAACAUCACAUGGUUUAUCAUGAAAGGCAUUCAACAUGUUCCAGUGUAUGACUGUGACUCGGAUAAAUCAUGCCUGGCAUGGCAAUUUACACAAACUGGAUUUGUCAGGUUCGGCUGGAUAGACUUUGACGAUGCUGAAUUCUAUUACAUCUGUGCCAGUGUCAAUGGAAAUAAGGAAAAGGAAUCAAGAUUGGCUUUUACCAUUUGUGGAAAUGGAUUUGUGAUGGACAAGACUCCUCCUGUAGCAGGUUCUGUCAGUGUAACCAACACAGUAUUAGGCUUUAUCACAGAUUCUUCACAUAUGUCCAUCACAUGGUCCGGAUUCUCUGACAAGCAGCCAGAUGGAGUCUUCUACGCCCACGCAAUAAAAUCAUAUUCAAUUGCAAUAGGCAACUAUCCUCAUGGUCAAAAUGUCAAGCCAUGGACAAAGAUUGGUGAACGCACAUCAUUUCAAGCAGAGGGGCUUUCCAUCAAGACUGGGGAAGUGUACUAUGUCACCAUCAAAGCUGAAGAUCAUGUCGGUCAUAUGACAGAGAGUAUUUCUCCUGAAAUAAUAGCCGACCUGACUCCACCUGUAUGUGGUGAGAUCCAUGUUGAAGGACUGUUCCCGCACAAGAAGUUUUUGGGGACCAAGACACUUCACAUCCACUGGAGAAAUAUCCAUGACCCUGAAAGUGGCAUCGAGUCCUUCCAUCUAAAUAUGUUCACCCCAGUCAACACAGAGACGCUACAUCUACAUUUUGGCACUGGAACAAAAUCUACAAUCAUUCAUAUUGAUGAUACAUUUAUUGAGGGAACUCUUUAUGAAAUUAGAAUCAAGGCCAUCAACAAUGCCCAGCUUCAAUCUCUCUGCACAUCCAAGGCAUUCAUCAUUGACAACUCCCGACCACUUGCUGGUGUUCUUCGAGAUGGCUAUGAUGGCAUUGAGAAUGAAGUAGACUAUCAAACAAGUAUAACGGAAUUGGGCUGCCACUGGACUGGAUUUGACGACCCUCACUCAGGGAUCCAGGGCUACAGAAUAGGACUUGGAACUUCACCUGGGGUUUUGGAUGUUCAGCCUCUUCUGUCUGUUGGACUUCGGACAAGUUAUAACUGGACACAUGCCUUCAACCCUGGAGUGAAGUAUUACAGCACAGUAGAGGCGUGUAACAAUGCAGGGCUCUGUGUUACUGCAUCUUCUGAUGGCGUUGUUAUGGAUGGAUCCUCUCCUGCAGCUGGUGUUGUUAUUGUCGGUCACACUGACACUCAUAACAAAUAUCAUGGUCACAGAUCAUAUGUCCACAGUAAAUGGGUUGGUUUUGAAGAUGCAGAGACAGGAAUCCAUCACUUUGAGUGUUGUAUUGGACAGACAUUACAUUCUUGUGACAUUAUGAAUUUCACAAACACAGCCCUCUCCGAUUCCUACUUGGCAAGUGGGCUGCACCUGCCGGUUUCUGUUCCUCUGUUUGUCACUGUAAGAGCGUAUAACCCCGUGGGUCUGUUUGUCGAGGCUGUCUCACCCAGUUUUGAAGUUGAUGACACUGCACCAAAAGCCAUCGACAGACCAGUGUUCAUGUCAACAGCACCAGAUGGACCCGACAAUAUCACUAUACAAUGGGAUAACAGUCUCCUGUAUUCGAAGUGGAAGUUCAUUGACGAUGGCAGUCCAAUACAUAAGCACAUACUUACCUUUAAAACAUACCACGAGUCAGCAGUAGCAGUAGAACAGAUUACGUUAGGACCACAGACAAAUCACCUACUUAUUCUACAGAAAGAUAAGAGACUUAGAAAUGGAGAUAAAUAUCAACUGUCAGUGACUUCUUGUAACCGAGCAGGGUUGUGUACAACCUCACACAGCAACGACAUUCUGAUUGAUUCUACUUCUCCGAUACUGGGAGGCUUUAAGCCACCACUAACGUGGCAAACCAUGAGCAUCAAUGGAUCCGAAGUAACAUUUGUCAAUCUGACCUGGUAUGGCUUUUCAGAUGCAGAAUCAAACAUUUCAUGCUACCAUAUAAAUGUGGGAACAUCGUAUGAAGGUGGCGAGCUAACACAUGAUACAAUCACAGUCAACCAUGAUCCAUCAGUGAAAGAGCAGUCAAGCACAAUCCAGCUAACACAGACACUUCAUGGCGGGAAAAUCGUUUUAUCUAUUUGGGCUGAGAAUUCUGCACUUCUACUGAGUCCAGUUGGUAAAGUUACCGUAUCAGUCGUAGCAACAAACACCAAGACUGGACGUGAAGGAAUACUGGAACUACAGCGCCACUCCUGUGACACACACUACUGCACUGACGACUGUACAUGUGCUGUGGUUGAGCGGAAAUGUAAUCCACCUUCUACACCCGUAGACUGUCACGAUAUGUCUAAUAGUACAUCACACAAGCAUCCGGAUGUCCGAAUAUAUCCUGGAGCCCGUAACCUAUCUGGCUUCUAUGCUAUACCUUCUCUGUCUUGUAUUGCUGGACAUUGGGAGACAACAUUUGACAUACAACGAUAUGAAUGGAGUAUGGGGCUGCUCAACGAACCAUUUGGGGCUGGAAUAUUUACAGCUGGUGAAAGUACCUGGUAUGAUGUUGGAAAGAGGACUGAGACUGUUCAUUGUCUGCCAUAUGGUCGAGCUCUUGAACAUGGAGAAGACUAUGUAAUCUACAUUAGGGCCUGGUACUCAGAUUCGGAAUACAGAGUCUUCACAUCCCCAAGUAUAAGAGUCGACCACACACCCCCUUCUGUGAGAAGAGGGAGAGCGCUGAAGGACUCAGAUUCAACGUGCAACAGAGACUUUGACAUCUUCCACAGCAAUCACAGUGACAUAACUGCCUGUUGGCAAGGAUUGUUCCAGGAAACGCAAACAAACAUCGAGGAGUACAGCGUCUGGGCUGGUGUUACAAAAUAUGGUACAGACCUGUUGCCAUAUCAGAGUGUAGGCCUGACCACAGAUAUCUCCUUACCCGUGGUAAAUAUGACUCAUGGUACCAAGUACUAUGUGGGCAUUCGCGCCAUCAACUCCCUAAACAUGUCUGCCACUGUCAUCUCAGACGGUUUUGUGGUGGAUGCAGACAUUCCAGUUGGUGGACACGUCUUCAACACUGAAAAUCAUCGAAGUAGACUGACACAGUCUGAUAACUCAUCUUUCGGUGUUUCGUGGCAUGGAUUUCAAGACCAUCACUCAAGUGUGAAGCAGUAUCAUGUUCACCUGAAGGAGGACAACUCAUCAAAUACUGUAGCUAACGCCACAUUGACACUCAGGAACUCGAUUGUCUUUGAUGCCUUGAAUCUAGAACAUGGACAAGUUUACACAGCGUCUGUAGUAGCAGAGGAUUUUGCUGGACAUCUCAGUAACGAAGUAACAUCCCUCCCCGCGUUACUUGAUGCGACUCCUCCAUAUGGAUUUGUGUGUAAUAACUUCACAAAUAUCACAAUCACCAACAUGACCUAUGAGAAAAAUGAUCUUCCAUCUGGUUUCCUGAAUGUAUUUAAAGUUGCUUUACCUCGAGACUCUGGUUCACAUUAUCGUGUGAGGGUUUCCAUUCAGCGUGAUCAUCUUAAUCAUGAAGAGGCUCUGUUUUCAGUGAGUGGCAUCCACAUCCAGAUCCCAUUUGUUCUGAGAUAUAAUCACACACUGUACUGUGCUGAAUACCAGUUUACACUUGAUGCAGAAACUAUGCCCGUCUCAGCUGUUUUAGAAGUUACUAUUCAGAGUAAAGAAACCUUCCAGGAUGCAAAUAUAGAAAUGGAGCUAUGCACAGACAAAGAGAGAACACAAGGGUCAGAUGCAAUAACAACACGACAACUUACGCCCUCACUACUAGGUAUCUGCACAAGGUUGAUGGACCCUGAAAGCGGCUUAAAGAACAUAGAGAUUGGAGUUGGUACAACACCAGGAGGGUUUCAGCUACAGACCCUUCGCCGAGCAGAAGCUGGGUUCCACCAGUUGUUGGAGGUCACCGCCCCCCAUGGAACGCCAGUUUAUACAACAGUCAUAGCUGAGAAUGGUGCCGGACUGAGGACGCAUUAUCUUUCUGACCCCAUUGUGCUCGACCAUACUCCACCCACAAUAUCAGAUGUAAAAGUCCUACUUUUUUAUUCAGGUAGCAAACCUUCUGAAACAACACACGCAUCUGGAUCCUGGUCAACUGAAGACAAAGAAUCAGGAAUUGAUACAUGCUGGUGUGCUCUAGGUCACACGAGACUGGCAUCUGAUCUCCAUAGUUGGGUUACUUCAGAGAGUGGUACAUCCUGCCAGAUACCUGUUCCACAUCCAUCCCAUGGACUCCGACUGUACAUGAACAUUCAGUGCACCAACAACGUCGAAUUGGGCUCGCUUGACGCAUCAGACGAACUACAAAUUCUCUUCAGACCACCAUCGGCUGCUGGUAGCAGUGUUGGCUUUGUGGUGCAGAACAGCUACAGCCAGCAUGGGAAAGAUGUGCCACAAUCUAUUAUGUCCUCUCUUGCUUUUCAGUGGACAUGGCCAGACCGGGAGUCCGUCAGUCACUACCAGUGUCGGGUAACAGGCAUUGAGGUAUGGACGAACACCACCUUGAGGUACUGUGAGAUGUCAAGCAUGCAGCUGAAGGAUGGGGAGAACUAUACAGCUAUGGUUCGAGCUGUAAACAUGCGCCAGCAAAUCAGUGAAGUAAUAUCAGCUUCAGUGGCUACAGACAGUUCAGCACCAGUACUGACAGGAAGGAACGCAUUAGUUCAUUGGAGCUCGGACAGUGUGACGGUAUCCUUUGGAGAUGUGUUUUAUCCCAGAAGAAACCACCUCACCUACACCAUCAGUGUGGGCUCCAGCAUGGGCUACAGCGACUACAUGCAGCUGUACACUACAAGUCACACUGACGUCACAGUCAACGUGCCGGGCACCAUAUCAGAGAUUCAUGCCACAAUAACAGCCCAAGCACCUGUUGGCACAUACGAAUCCUAUUCCGGUACUUUCACAAGGAAGUAAUAAUCGAGUUAUUUCAGUGAAUAGUUGUUUUGUAUUAAUCAUAUAUUUUAGCACCAGCAAUAUAACAUAGAUUUGAUUAUUCUGUAGUUCUUGUUUUAUUGUAAUAUGGCUGCUGUUCAUAGUAUAUUGCGCCACACUACCAUGUACUCGCUUAUAUUUAGAUAACAUAUGUUGUAAAAAAUAUCCUGUUGAUCAAUGAAGAAACGCAUAUAUUUAUUGAUGUCAGUGUGUGUGAUCAUGAAUCGCCUGGGAAGAGUAUCUAAUCUGAUGAAUGUAGAUGUGAUUUACAAGAAGGUAAAUAUUUAGUGGAUUGAUUCUAUAAACAGGAUUAGAACCUGUCAUACUUUGUAAUUUCAGAAAAUAUAUGUGUGUGUAUCAAAUCUUCGAAUAAUGUUUUACAUAAUUUUAAUCAUGAUUAAAAUUAAAUUGAGUAACA